GAGGAAGAAAGAGCGCCAUUACAAAAUGAGAAGAAAGGUGAACCCACGUUCGAUCAACUCAACUGGGGAAAAGCGGUGUCACUGUCUAAACCUAUGUCCUCGAGCUCGCCUUUAGCUACAAAUCAUAUUACAAAAGAAGUUAACCUUCCGAGCGAACCAAAUAAUAGCGGAUCGGACAAUAAAGUUGAUUCAGGUGAGAACCACGCAUUUGAAUUCAAUGUCAAUGAAGCUAAUUCUGAGGAACCAAUAAAUGUCGCCGGAAGUAGUUGUGAUGAUUAUUCAAAUUGUAAAGGUACUGAGCCGGCUGUUUGUCUAUAGCUCUGACUUCGACAGAUGUACCAAUGCACGAUAGGACGAGCGAGGAAUCGUCAACCAAUGAAUAUCCUGAAUCAUCGGCAGAUAAUGGAGAGUCAGUAAAUGUUACGAGUAUUGAAUCAACGGUUCAAAAUACUGAAAUUAGCAAUGAU